AUGGAUUACCUCCUUAGUUGCGAAACGCCCUCUGCGGUCUGCUAUAUCACAUAUCUUCAAGCUUACGCUCACGGCUGUCACAUCUUAAACCUACCAUUCGUUGAACGAAUAGCAAAGGUCGACUUUGAGUGUAUGCUUCGCAAACGAUUCUUCGACGUCGCCUCAGAUGAACAAGAGCAGGAUAUUCUUGAUGUAGUUCUAAGAGCCGCGUAUAUUCCGUUAAUGCCAGCUUGGUUUUUCGAGCAACAACCAGUUACCCAAACGCGGCCCCUCCGCAAACGGCGGUCUUCACUCCCACGACCGUUCAGAACAACCAAAGCCGAAUUUCAAGCCACACAAUACGUACACACCUCUCGUAUUCCUGCGACCACCCAAGGCCCCGCUAGAACUGCUUUCACAGCUAGUUAUCAGUAUGCGGCUUCUGUGUGCACAAGUGAGGAGGAUAGUAGAUCUACAUCGGCCCUACCUGCAAAGCCGAUCUUUUUGCAAAUAAUUUUACGGCUGUUUAAUCGAAAUUCUCAGGAUAUCGAUAUCUAA